CUAAUGCUUUGUAAAAAUAGAGAGCACCAUGAGAGAUUCCUUGUUCAUGCGGCCAGAAUCAGAUGCCAAACUACACAACACCACUUGCAUAUAAUACAUAUCUAGUUCUUUUCCCCCUUUUUCCAAUGCCUUCUUCAUUUCCAUACACCACACAUUAUUGAUCAACAGAACCCGAAAGAAGCUGCUUUUCAUUCCUUAUCUUCCAAAAGAAUAUGAACUUUUUCACUUUCUGGAAAUAUCCUCAAUGAAAAUGGUUACUAUUUCUCUCCUUUUUCCCUAGAGUGGUCACCUCUUUUUUCUCCAUUUUGUAGAGGAGGGUACUAAAGGGUAACUUUUAAUGCAAAAGAUAACAAGGGAUGGGAAAAAAAGAAGAUUCUUACCAAGCGGAAAAAUAAAAAUAAAAAAUAAAGACUUUGAAGACUCUGGAAAUUAAGACAAGUUAAUAACCAAUGCCCCUAUCAAAGGUCUAAGUUGAGGAAGCAUUUUGUGACUAGAAAAAAAAACUGUAUUCAAAUGGAGCAGGAAUAUUUAAGCAGGAGAGGCAGGUUUCCUGAAAAUGAAAGAAGGUUUUUGGCCAUAGGUAUUGGACUUCUAGCUGUUGUCUCUCCUCUAUACAUUGACAGUAGAAAAAACACUACUGAAGAAGAACAAACCAUCAACUUCCUUCCCUAUCUUCCACUGCUUCUCUUGAUCACUGUCAUCAUGGGCAUAAGUAUUUCUCAUCCAUUGGCUCGGUUCUCAUCGUAUGAUCACAGGCUUCUAGCGAUAGGUCUUACAGUUGUUGCCAUACUCUCACCUCUGUACAUCGACAGGCGAAAGUUAGUCGAUCCAGAGCUUGAAGAGCAAUCACUUGGCGUCUCUUCUUACUUGCCAUUGCUCAUGUUAUUUAUCAUCAUCGCCAUUGCCAUGUCCUGCUACUUGGACCAGAGCUUUUCCAGGUUCGAUCCUUACUGGAUUCACAGGGUUGGUGGUUCUUCUACUGGGAUUCUCAUUCUUCUCCUUGUUCUUGCAUUUGUUUUGAAGUUUAAAGCUCUCUAGAAUGAAUAACGAAGGGGCUAAAGAUAUGUACCUUGUAUGCU